CAUAUUUAUCUUUGUUGCUGAAAGAAGAGAGGCCGAGAACACAAGGACCAUGAAUCAACUUCACAAGGUAAGUUUAAUAAAGAAAAAAAGAUUUAAAAAAAAACCUCAUAGCAUGACAAUCAGAACAAGAAGUAUUUCAGAAAAUAAUGGUAGAACCAAAUCACCAAUAGCCUAUAUGAUGUGCCAUCUUUGAAUAAUAAUUUUAAAAUAAAUAAAUAAAUCCUACAGUAAGAAAUUUCAAUGUAAGGUUUGAAUGGAAAAAGAUUGUAUCCACGGAGCUGUGUGACGUACUUCCGGUUUCUAGAUAGGCUAGCGUUAAACUCCCGGUCUAACAAUCAAAUGGUUACUGGUUCGAAUCCAACACAGGGCUUAUUUGUUUGUUUCUUUUUUUUUUUUUUUAUCCCAAAACUGUUCAAUUCAGGUAAAUACAAUUUUUUUAAAAAUAAACAGGGGCAAUAAAUGACAAAAUAGCAAUGUGGGGGGUGUUUGUUUUUAUUUUGGUACUUUUAAAGGGUGAUCAAAUAGUGCAGUUGAUUGCAUAAUCCAUGGAGUGUAUUCACGGAGCUGUGUGACGUACUUCCGGUUUCUAGAUAGGCUAACGGUUAAACUCCCGGUCUAACAAUCAAGAGGUUACCGGUUCAAAUCCAACACAGGGCUUAUUUGUUUGUUUCUUUUUUUUAAUCCAAAAACUGUUCAUUUCAGAUAAACACGCAUAAAAAAGCUGUAUUAUGGAUUCGGAGUAUCUAAAUAAACAUUUGGGAAAAUGUUUGGCUGAAGGACUUGCUGAAGUGGUCGAAUGGAAACCCGUUGACCCGAUCCUUUAUCUGGCCCACUGGCUUUAUAAGUACAACUCAAAUGUUUUGUACGAGAAGGAGAAAAAGGCAAAGCUGGAUCAAGAUCAAGAAAAAAGCAGCCAAGAGGCAUCACAUCAGGAGAAGCUCACAGAAGAAGAGCAGAUUAGUAAUGCAUCGAAAGGCACAGAGAAAAUUAAAAAUGAACCUUCAAAACCAGAGGCGCCCACUCCUGCUCCAGCAGGAGCUGCGUCUGAUGAGGACCCAGUGAAAGAAGGGAAAUCAAACACGGCUGAGCCAGAGAACCAGGAAGACAUGGACAAACCCCCGACUGAAGAGCAAACCAACGGAGAGCAGGAGAUUCCUGAGGAACACACUGAGACACUCCCUGCAACCAAAACAAAACCACCCACAGAAAACAAUCCAGAGCAAAGUGAGAGGCCAAGAACUCCUGAUCCAGAACGCCAGGAGGACGAGGACAAACUCAAACAUAAGGAGCAGCAAGAACCCAGUCUACAGGAGGAACAGGAGAAAACAGAAGUGGUGACAAAUGUUGGUCACGAUGAAAAGAAACUGGAGCAAAAGUCAACCGCCAGCCAGGAAGAUGAGGCAGAGGAAGACAAGAAGGAGUCAUCAAGUCCCAGACAAGAUGCUGGUGAAGGAGGAGCAACAAACCAAACCCAGAACUUACUCAGUAAACAACAUGAUGAUGUAGAUGAACCUACAGCAGCAGAGAAGACUGUUGAUGUGGAGACUGAGAAAGCUGUAGGUGUCAUCCAGUCCUCCUCUGUGCCCCCCAAUGAAGAUUUUCAACCGGAUGAGACAAUUCAACACCAAAGUAAAGAGGAAGAGAUAAAAGACGACAAGCAUGAAGAAAAGGAGGAAGAGACAACCGAAAUCAAAGCAAAUCCAUCUCCUCUGGAUCUAGAAAAAGAGGAUGAAUGAUGGAAGUCAUCAGAAGACUGCUGGAAGAUGACAGCGACGAAGGAUCACAAAAUAAAUAAAAAUUGUAUAUUUUUGUUUGAUAUUUUACGUGAAUUACAUGUUAUUUGGAUUGUUUUAAAGUUGCUACCUCACUGUUUCACAAUAAGUGUUAAAUAACAAACACUGACUUUUGUCAUUUUAUGGUCUUUUAUGGUCAAUUUUUGUCCGAGAAGUGUUUAAAACUUUCAAUAAAGUCAUUUUGAAUUGAAAAAAAACCAGCAGCUAUUAUUAGACCGUGCAUAUUUCAAAUCUCUCUGCCUUGUUUCCACACUUUACUUGUGUAAGUGCCACCAUGGGACUGUUCUGUUACAGAGCUCAAAGUCCAGCAGCUACAUUUACACUAAAUCUGUGUUUAAAUAAAAAGACAAAGGAA